UGUCAUAGGUUUCCUGUGUGAGCCGAUGGUGUUUGGAAAGUCUUAACCGUGCAACUAUUUUGGUCAGGAUUUGAAAAAAAAAAAAGAAAACAAAACACGAAACCACCAACCCAGCCAGACAACAGAGUGCACAGCGGCAUUCUUGGUAUGAAGUCAACCGUAUCAGCACAGGCGUUGGUACUACUGAUAGAGCCAGUGUGGAAACGUGAUACCUGGCUGUGUGUGCCGUGUGGUGACACUGGGACAAACUGGUCUAAUUUUUGGGUUAUGCUGGGGGACUCGAUGAUUCCUAUGGGUUCCUUCUGAUUUGGGAUAUUCUGAUUCUGUGAUUGAAAGUGGGCUGUCUGGUACAGCUGUCUUCCAAAGGGUGAGAUCCUCACCACUGUGCCUCUGUUCCAUGGUCAAAAUACAGGAUGGGACAUCUCCAUCCUCUCUGGAGCUCUCUGUUGGCCUUUGGGGUGGUCUGCAGCUCUCAGAACUCCUGCCCAGCUCUGAGAAUAGAUGUGACAGAUAACACUUGAUGUGGGAAGCACUCUGUCUGAUUUCUGUCUGAUUUCUGUGUGCUCUGAGUCACAAAGCACCGCAGCCAUUGCCGAUGGGGUCAGGGCGGGUGGAGGAGAGCCUUCCUUAAGUUUGCUUCUGUCUGGGUGAAUGAGAAAAACCAAAGCUGUUUGGGACUUUUAUUGUAAGGGGCAAAGAUCUUAUCUUCUAUCACUACAUAAUAUCCUGCUCAGGAAACCUUUGAGAGAGAGAGAGGGAGAGAGAGAGAGAGAGAGAGAGACCUGGGAUGUUUGCAAGAGAAUAACUAGCAGGCACAAAUCGACAGGGCUUGAGUCAGAACCCUUCCCUGCAGGCAGCCUUGCUCCUACUUGUUUUUGAUCACUCAUUUGCAACUGGAUGCCUCUGGCUGGAGGUAAGGGCUGGAGAUGAAGCCGUGUCCUGCCUGAGGACCUGGCUGGUGGUCCUGCAUCCAUAGGAAGGGGGCAGUGCGAAGGGGGGGGGGGGACCCCUAGCAGGGGGAAUGGGUGAGUCAGCAGAGAAUUAAAACACCCAGGUGUCAGCAGGUGGGACAGAUGCCAUAUGAGAGGAGGCGGUGUUUGCCAGAAGCCUUGCAUGUGUGCGUGCCUGGUGUUUGCUCACUGGGUGUGUAACAGCAAAAGUGGUGAAGCUGUGUGAUGUACAGAGGAAAAUGUUGGGAGGAUCUGAAAGCCGUCGUAUUUCAAAAGAGAAGUUGCCGGUGAACCACAUCCUUCCGGAGAUCAGCUUUAGUCCGGAGCAGCAGCUGGAAGAGACAGACGGUCCACGGGCUGAGCAAAACCCUUCCCCGGCUCCCCCAGGUGAGCGGCGGCCGAGGGGAGGCUGCCCCCGCCCCGCCGCCCUGGAGAAUGCCUCUCUCCAAGCCUGCAGCCUCUCGGAGCAGGAAGAGGAAGAAGAUGCCCUCUGGGAGAAGAUAGAGAGCGCACGGCACCAGCUGACCCGCUCCCUGAACCCUGCAAAACUCACCCCGUACCUGCGCCAAUGCCGUGUGAUAGAUGAGCAGGAUGAAGAGGAGGUGCUCAAUUCAUGCCGAUUCCCUUGCAAAAGCAACCAGACAGGCUACCUGAUGGACAUCCUUCGGCGCCGGGGGAAGCGAGGCUACGAAGCCUUCCUGGAGUCUUUGGAGUUUUACUACCCAGAGCACUACACACGACUAACAGGGAGGGAACCAGCCCAGCGCUGCUCCAUGAUCCUGGAUGAAGAAGGCCCCGAGGGGCUAAUGCAGUUCUUGCUGGUGGAGGUGAAGAAGAUGAGGGCUCAGAGGAAAGAGCACCUGCUGAAGGAACAUCAGCUCCAGGCAAAGAACCAGACCCUGGAGCAAGAGCAAGCCCGGCUGGAGCAGCGACUGCAGGAGCUCCUGAAGGUGCAAGAGCGUUGCCAGCGACUGCGGGAGGAGUGGGACUCCAACAGUGUGGAGCUGCUGAGGCUGAAGGAUGAGAAUUACAUGAUGGCCAUGCGCUAUGCACAGCUCUGUGAGGAAAAGAACAUGGCUGUGCUGCGGAGCCGUGACCUGCAACUGCUGGUGGACCAGCUGAAGUGCAAAGUCACCAGCCUGGAGGAGGAGUGCAGCCUGCUGAGGAAGCAAGCGACUACCAUGCCCCAACGGGAUGCAGAGGAGCGAAGCCACCCUGACGCUAUGUCUGAACUGUGGGCUGAGAAUCAGCGGCUGACGGCAUCACUGCAGGAGCUGCAGGGCAUGCUGCAGACUCCAGGCGAGGUCCCAGUGCCGGGCUCUGAGCAGAUCUUGCUGGACAUCCUGGAGCACGACUGGAAGGAAGCCCAAGAUGACCGACAGGACCUCUGCCAGAAACUCAACUCCCUGCAGAGUGAGCUGCAGUGGGCUGAGGAGCUGAGGGAUAAGUACCUACAGGAGGUGGAAGACCUGCAGCUGAAAUAUCGAACGCUGCAAAAGGACUGCGAUCUCUACAAGCACCGCAUGAACACAGUACUGCUGCAGCUGGAGGAGAUUGAGAAGGAGCGGGACCAGGCUAUCCAGAGCCGAGAUGGGGUGCAACUGCAAUACUCCCAGAGUCUGAUUGAGAAGGAUCAGUACCGCAAACGUGUGCGGGCCCUGGAGGAGGAGAGGGACGAGCUCCUGAGCAAGCUGAGCCGGGUGGAAGGGCUAAACAGCACGCUGGAAGCACAGCUGCAGCGGUGCCGGGGCAACCGCAGCCUGGGCAAGAUGUGCAGCUCUUCCUACUCCCUCUGCUCCAACCUCAGCAGCACAUGGAGCCUUGUGGACAAGCCUUCUGACCUUACAAGUGGACUCACAGACCCGCUGGAUGUUUCUGCCAUCACCUUCCCGGGGGACUCCGCCAUUCAGAGCAUGGAGGGGACUCCUGACAGCGAGAAGGACAUCAACCGCCUCUCUACCUUCCCCUUCCCUCCUUGCAUUGGCUCCAUCCUUCGGCGGCAGCGCGAAGAUAGGUGCAUGCCCUACAAAAGCUUGUCCUGUGGCUCCUUUAGCAACAUGGAAGAUACAACAGGCAGUGGUUUUGUUAGCAUCCCACCUGGGGCCUUCUCCUCCUCUUCCAGCAGUACCUACACCAGAGUGAAGUCAGAGACCUGCUUGUCUAUGCUUACCAGCCACCAAGAGAUCUCCAGGAGGUCACUGGUGGUGCAGCUCACGAGCAUGGGUCAUCCCAGCAGCCUGUCGCCCCAUGAGAAGAGGCUGGGAGCAGACAUCUCCAUCCUCGGAGGGAACAAGACGGGGAUUUAUGUCCAGUGGGUCAAACCAGGCUCAGAAGUUGAGAGCACAGGACUCAGGGAAGGGUGCCGGCUCAUUGAGCUGAGGGUCCCAUCACUGAAGGAAGAGGUGCUUUCCCUGGAGAACUGUACACGUGAGGUUGCUUACCUGAGCCUGCUGCAUUGGGAUGAGCCCUCCAGCCUUGUCUUCCAGCUAGACCUGCAAGGGUACCAGCCUCUGCAGGAAGCCCUGGAAGAAGGGAAGAAGUUUUCUGGAGACUCCUUCUACAUCCGUACCAACCUGUCCCUCCUGGAGCCAUCAGACCCUUAUGCACUAUGUGUCAAAUGUCGGGAGAUCCUCCACGUCACAGACACCAUGUACAAGGGGCGGCUGGAGUGGUACUGUUCCCGUGUUGAUCCCUUGACCAUGCGGGACUUGGACAAGGGGACGGUGCCCAACUACAGCAGGGCGCACCAGCUUUUGAAGAUCCAGGAGAAGGUCCACAUACCUGGGCAGCAGAAGGGCCACAGAAGUAACCUAAAGAAACGGGCCUUGGACCAACUGCGCUUGGUGAAAUCCAAACAGCAGAAGAACUCAGAACAGCCCUGUCAGCAGCUGUGGCUGGACCCCUGCUCAGACCCCGACAGGAGACUGAAGCCUUACAGCCUGGUGCACCCUGUGGUGGUCAAGACACCCCGUCCUGUGGUGCUGUCACCCAGCUGCAUCGCAUCACGGCUCAUCAGGAACCUGCUGGACUUGCCCACCUCUCGCCUGAACUUCCACGUGUGCCCAGCAGAGAAGCUGACAGAAGGGAACCCCAGUGCUGCCCAUGUGCAGGAGCCCCCUGUGUCUAGAAAUGCCCCCCAGGAGCGAAGGGAGAGCAGUCAAGUCUGCAUGAUCCAGGAAGCAAUGGAGAAGAAUAAACACUGCCUGCUGGAGCUGGGAGUUCAGAGUGUGAGGGAUCUAAUUAAACGUGAGAUAUACCCCAUUGUUAUCCACGUUGAGGUCACUGAGAAGAACAUCAGGGGGCUCAGGAGCUUGCUGGGGCAGCCAGGCCAACGAGACGCGGAUGUGCUGAAGGCAUGCCGUGGUGCUGAGCGGGCUCUCCAUGCCCUGCCCUGCUCCUGGGCCCGUGUGGAACCCCAUGCCUGGAGCCAUGCAGAAGAACUGCCCAAAGUGGUACGGGGCUGCAUCUUCCAGGAGCAAAACCGCCCGCUGUGGGUUGAGGAUGGUGAUGACUGAAUCAGGAGGUACAGAGCCUUCCCCAGCAGCUGUCCUUCACGUAGCAUGUCCUCUCUCUCCAAGGGGAAGCCAGCAGUAAUGGGACCAAGUAGCAUUUAAGGUCCACUUGAAGCUAUGAAGAGUUGGGGACGUAACAAAUUGCUGACCCACCCACCUGAGCUUUCCAUAUUUGAUUGGAGAGAAGUCUUCCACCUUCUUGCUGGACAUCUCAUGGACUGUUCCCCAUCACCUUGAGCCUUUGGCUCUGGUACAUGGUGAGACCGGGAACAUGAGGAAAACAUGUGAGAUGAGGUUGAUCAGGAGCAUAUCUCAUGCGUGCACAGUUUAGUGCACUAAAACCCUUCUCUCAUCACCUCUAUUUUCCCUUCUCUACCUCAUCUCCUGCCCCACGGAGCAGGAAACACAGUUUGUCUGCAGAAACCCUGCUGCAGCCAUGACUGACACUAAGUUUGCAACCAACCCUCGUUUUAUGGGAGCUGUACUCUUUAUUGCUUGUAAAUUAUUAAUGGGCCCUUUUAUCGGCAACCCGUGUGCAAAGGAGAAUUAAAUACCAUUCAUAAUGGGAAUGGGAGGCUGGCUGCAGACUUGUGUGUUAAUGGGAAGGCUUGGAUGAUAUGUGGGCAUGUUUUUCUCCUGAGACACAUCUGCCCAGCCCUGUAGGGGUAGAAGACAGCAUUGCUGUUGUAGGGAAGCAAGAGGGACAGGGAGAGGAUAGGUUGAGUGUGCCACAGGCUGGGCUUCCUCACGUUUCUUCUUAUCCCCCAUUUUUCAGCUGCUUCCCUCUCCCCAGUGCUGAAGGUGCUCUAGUUCAGCCAAGGAGAAGCAUAGAAUCACCAAGGUUGGAAAAGUCCUCUAAGAUAAUCUAGUCCAGCUGUUCACCUACCACCAAUACUGCCCGCUAAACCAUGUCCCGAAGUACCACAUCUACAUGUUUCUUGAACACCUCCAGAGAUAGUGUUUACACCAUUUCCCUGUGCACACUGUUCCAGUGUCCAUCCAUGCCUAUGGAGAAGAAAUUUUUCCCAAUAUCCAAAUUACAUGUUGAGAAGGUUACUUGGUGUCUGGCCGAGGUUCCUAGAGCUUCAAAUCCCUGGUUAUCCCUAUAUCCUGGUUAUCACAAAGGGAAAAGCCAACCAUCUUGUCCUUCUCAUGGACAAGGUUAAGUAUUUGAAGGAUAGAUGGUUUCCUGAGCCACGCAAAAGGAAAAUGGGGGCUGUGGGAAUCUCUAUGGUGCAGGAGACUGGGCAGUGGGCUAGGGUCAACGGGAAAACCAAUGAGCCACCAGCACAUACAGACUCUAGAUCUCCAUAUCCUCCUCGCCCCUAUGAUUAGGGAACUGAUACUGCUAUGCACUUCUGAAACUCCAAGUAAAGAUUAACUUGCUGAUCUUCAUGGGUCCCUUGUGAGGUGUUAUUUCAGGCUCUAAAACAGUUGUCUCUGUCUUUUAUGAGGACAAGAGUGAAAGGGGGGAGGAAAGAAAAAGAAUACUUUAACCUGCAGUCACUUAAAUGUAGAGCAAAGUCCCAGAUCUGCCCUGGAGCCGUGCAGCUAUGGAGGGGAUUGGUGUAAUGGGGCUCCAGCCAGGAGGUCCCCAGUGCUGUCCCCUCCAGGGGACCAGCCCAGGCAUCCCAGCACUGUCAGCCCUGGGAGGGCAGAUGCCCUGCAGGUGAACAAAGCGAGGCUCUUGUUGAGCAGAUGAGAAGACAGUCCCAAAGCACGCCGGGUUUGCAAGGGAAGGAGGUUGGAGCCUGCAGCUUUUCAGGGGAAAAAAUGAAGUUUGAGUACCGAGGGAAAAUACUGCUUGUGAGGCACUGAUUCAAAGCCUGACAACUCCUCCUGCCCUCUGGCAUUGGAGCUGUCACCAGCCUCAUGGCUGGGUUGAUUACAGAGCAAUACCCCCAGCUUUGAGGAGCUACUACUCCCCAGCAAAACAGAUUUCUCCACACAUCUCCCUGAGUCGUCUGUGUUUCACUGGGAGGGAAACUGAGGCAAAGCAAAGUUGCAUUGAGAGGCAGGUUGCUUCUCUAAACCCUCCUUUUGUCCAUCUUGUCUCCCUGGAGGCUUUCAGAAUCCAGCUACAACUAGUCCUGAACAUGGUUGAGAAAAGGGGCAGAGGGCUCUGAGACAAACAUAAUGCUCCCCUGCCCUGCGCACCCCUGCCCACCUCAGUUGUGUCCCCAGGGGUGCAGCUGUGUGCUCAGAGGAAUGAGUCACGGGUUAGGUAAUGGGCAGAAUGCAAUUAGCAGCCCUGGGCAUCAAUUACCAGCUGUGCCAGCCUUGCAUAAAACCCUUGUAAAGUCAACGAGAGCAAAUUUUCUCCCUCCAGGGAGGGCAGGGGCCAAGUGGUGUGUGUGUCA